CCGGCCCGGGAGCUGAGCCUUUCCUGAAGUGACUUUCAUUCAACGACAAACAGUCUCACCGAUUGGGGUGUGUUCAUAGCCGGGGACCGAAAAAGUUUUUAUUAGCAUUUCUCACAAGCGCGCUCAGCCAACGACAACAAAGAAACAAGCUAAAUUAUGCAGAUUGAACUAUUGCUACUUGCGGCGGCGGCGACUGGAUUGUUCGCUACGGCCGCAGCGGAUUGGCGAAUUCAAACGGUCGACGAUCUGCUACGAAAUCGAAACAAAUGCAUCAAAAUACUCGAUCUGGAGGAUGGCCUGUCGGAAGAUUUUGGUCUGUUCGAUUUCGUCGAUCAGGAUCAGGCCAAGUGCGUCGUCAAGUGCAUCAUGAACCGGAUGGGGCUGUUCAACGAUAAACGUGGUCCGCACGUUGCGCGACUGGUGCGGCAGAUGAAAUUUGCUUCGGUUUCCAGCGCGAAGGAUAUUCGAAACGAGAUCAUGAACUGCGUCUACAAGGAUAUGGAGAUGAAUCCGGCCGAGGGUUGUGAGCGAGCUUACGCACUUUAUCAGUGCAUCCAGAGCAGUAAUCUGCUGCUGUUGAGCCCAACCGAAUCGAAGACGUGAUUAACGGAACGAACAUGAUCUGUGCUACAAUUAGUCAAUUACAACAUCACAUCAUAGUACGUAGUAAUAAGCGAAGUGGAAUCAUGUAUGAGUAGUUUGAUAAGAAAACAUUCACGCAUAAGUGGUACACACUUUGGUGGGCCGAUAAUCACGCCACAUUACAGCUAAUCAGCGCGGUUUUGUAGACAGGAAAUAAUGGAUGCUGUUGACGGAAAAUCACGCGAUCAGAGCAUUCCCCUCGCUUGCCUCGGGGGGGCCUUUUCAGAAGUAUCAUUGGCGUCAUAACAAACAUUUCAAAAGAACUGAUCAAAUAUAAUUAGGGUAUAUAAUUUUAAAUUUAAUAUAAUACAUAGCGAAGCUACUGAACAUUGGGUCGGUUCGCGAAGAAA